AUGGACCCUUUACUGCCGCGUGCCGAAAGCCCUUCCCGAAACCUGACCCCCUCCGUCACAACUCUUCUCGGUCAUUGCUUGUAUAGACGUCUUACCAUUUGGCUCAUGGCCAUCCUGGUGCUUGUCACCACCUUGUUCCUGCUGGAUCGCCACAAGACAUGGAUGCCAGAUAUUGUCCAGCAUGCUAAAGGUCACCACCCUUUUGAGCACAAGGUUAUUUCCCAGUGGUCGGAAGAGCCCGAGCCCGAGCACGAUGAGGUCUUGGACGGGAGUUCAUCAACGACAGACACUGUCGGUUCAAUAGCCGCCCACAAUCCACAACACUGGGAGCCCGAUUUUGCCCCCCAGUGGCCGGAAAAGCCUGCCGGGGACGUGGACGAGGUUUCACCAGCCGCCGAGAUUGUCGCCCCAGUCGAUGACGCAUAUCAGGAUGAAGCGGACAGACUCAGCCAAGAGGAGGAUGAGGAGGGACGAGGCGAGUUUGAAGAAGAAGCAGAAUCAAAGCCUUGGUUACAAUUUCCGCACCUCGAUGGCUACUUUCACGGGCUCAAGUCGCUCGUGGAACCAUCGGACCUGAUGCCCGAAUAUCCCAACACCACACAUGCGGCGGCGUCUUUACCGGCACCCCCGGAAGCAGAGAAUUCGUGGCCCACACCGGCGCUGUACAACCCAUACCCCAACAACCGGGCUAAAACCAAGACGUGCUUCCUUGACCGACAUGGCAAAAUCCCGGCUCCCGACGUGUAUGCGUAUCACGGCGUCCCCCAACACAUGCCCGACGCAGCUCUGGGCUCGUACGAGAUUUUUGGCAUCCGAGACGACGUGUGUUUUGAUCGAUUUGGGCGACUGGGACCGUACGGACUCGGAUACCCUCGGGAGGAAGGUGGUCUCGGUGCUGGAGAGGACACGGAAAGCCAAGACAACGAGCAUGUCUGGGCUGCCACCGGAAAGAUCAAUUACGGAUCUGUGGACUGGGGCAUGGCGCAGGACAGGUGCCUGGAGGCCAACAAGCAUCUGUUUCCCAAGCCCGACGCGGAACCGGGAGGGUUCUCCACGUCGGGGAAUGCCGCGAGAAAAGGCAAGAUGUCGCGCCAGGCCGUGGUCGUGCGCUGCUAUACCGGAUUCAGGUGGACGCCCUUGGCCGUGGCCAAUUUCCGCGCCUUGGUCACGGAACUGUCUCUCAAGUCGGGCGGCGAGUACGCUGUGCAUAUCCUGCUCCAUGUUCGGGAUGACAAGCUGCCCGUAUGGGCGGAUCAGGCCGUGGCUCGGCAGGUGCUGGACGACAACAUUCCCCCGGAAUUCCAAGGUCUCGUCACGAUUUGGAGCGAAAGCCAGAUGCGGCUAUACUACCCCGGCGACUUUGAGAACCAAGUGUCGAACCCGAGCCAAACAGACAUUGGCGGGGUGUACCGGAGCGCCCACUUUGCGCUGCAAGUCUUCGCCAAGCAGCAUCCCGAGUAUGAGUAUUUCUGGAACUGGGAAAUGGACAUGCGCUAUCUGGGCAACUACUUUGAGCUGCUGCAUCGGGUCGGACGCUGGGCCGACAACCAGCCUCGCUCGCUCAUGUGGGAGAGGAACGAGCGCUACUACAUCCCGUCACACCACGGCAGCUGGCACAACUUUACCGAGACGGUCCGGCAAGACUGCAUGCAGUCUGGGAAGGCACCCAUUUACGGACCCGUCGACUAUCCCGACAAGAAGCCGCUACUUGCGGAGGAGCAGGGCCAGUCGCCGCUGCCGGACAGCUGCGGAACAGGCAUGGAUCCAGACGAGUGCGGCGUCGGCGAGGGAGCCGACCUCAUCACCUUCAACCCCAUCUUCGACGCGUGCGAGACGGGCUGGGUGUUUUCCGACGACAUUGCGGGCUAUGCGAAUCCCACGUACGAGCAGCCUGCCCGACGCGCAUCCAUUGUGACGGCGGGCCGCUUGAGCCGGAGGCUUCUGAUGGCCAUGCAUGAGGAAGUGUGGCGCCAUCGACGCACCAUGUUUUCCGAAAUGUUUCCCGCGACGGUGGCUUUGCACCGCGGCCUCAAGGCCGUAUUCGCGCCGCACCCGGUGUCGCUGGCCCGAGCAUGGACUCCCGCAGGGCGGGCGAUUGACGAGGCUUUCAACAGCGGCGACCACCACUCGACCUCGGGCUGGGCUAGCCCGUUCGACUUUUACCGCGAGAGCGUGUUCAAGGGCUCCAGCUACUACUACGACAGCCAGUUUGCCGGUCUGUUGUGGCGGCGCUGGCUGGGGUAUGCCGUGAUGGACGGACGCGGACCGAGCGGCCAGCCGGACAGCGGCCGCCUGCGCGGCGGCUACGAGGAGGAGAGCCGGGACGGCGGCGGCGGGCGGAUGUGUCUGAGGAGCAUGCUGCUUCAUCCAAUCAAGUCUGAGGAACCCGAUGGGUAA